CCAGCCAGUGUUACAUAAACCCACUCGCACGCAAGCACCGCCUUUGUCACCCGGGGCUCGAGCACCGAACACAGCCAAGAUGAAAAUACAAAACAUGACUUUCAAGGAGGGAAAGGAGCUAAAGGUCCGCGUCAAGCCCGCCGAUCACUGCGCCAGGUUUGCCAUCAACAUCGGCCAUGACCCGAGCAACAUCGCCCUGCACUUCAAUCCCCGCUUCAACAGCAGCGGCGACACCAACACCAUUGUUUGCAAUUCCCUUUCCGGCGGAUGCUGGGGAUCCGAGCACCGGGAACGGAAUUUCCCCUUCGUACGUGGGAUGGAGUCCAAGUUCUACAUCAGCUUCAACAGCUCCCAGUUUUACGUCAGACUUCCUAACGGCUGCAUGAUGAACUUCCCCAACCGCCUGGGGGCGCCGCAGUACAACCACUUCGAGCUCACUGGAGACGCCAAGAUCGUCGGCAUCAAGAUGAAGUAGAUGCCGACGCCUUUUAUCCAUAACCUUUUAUCCAUAACCUUUUAUCCACAACCUUUUAUCCAUAACCUUUUAUCCAUCACCUUUUAUCCAUAACCGUUUUAAGUUUGAUCUGAUAUAGAAAGCAACGAGCACAAACCUGAUAAUCUCUCGGAGCCGGUGAAGUUCAUGCAGAAAAAAAAGUGAAAGACCGAGAAAAAUGCACACCACUUACGCGUACCGCUUCAGCUGUGUUGUAGUGAUAAUAAAUGACCACGAGAGGGCGACAGACCGCACAGCUUGACAUUUAUAAAUGUGAAAGGCCCAGAAAAAUGUCAGUGAAUGUUCUCAUUCAUCCACGUCUUGGUUAUCCAAAGGAGUUGAAUCAAAAAUGCGUACGACCAAUGCUUCAGCUGUUUUGUAGUGAUAAUGACCACAAGAGGGCGACAGACCACACAGCUUGACAUUUAUAAAUGUGAAAGACCCAGAAAAAUGCAUAUCUCCGCUUCAGCUGUGUUGUAGUCAUAAUAAAUGACCACAAGAGGGCGACAGACCACACAGCUUGACAUUUAUAAAUGU